AUGACGAUAAAGACCAUAUACAUUGCAAGGCAUGGGUACCGAUCAAAUUGGUUACCAAAAGGACCUUAUCCACUUCCACCGACUGGGGUAAAUAGCGAUGUGCCAUUGGCAGAACACGGGGUAAACCAGGCCCGAGAGCUUGCACAUUACAUCUUGUCGAUCGAGAAUCAACCGGAGAUGCUUUUUUCUUCGCCGUUUUACAGAUGUCUGCAAACAUCAGAACCAAUCAGCAAACUUCUGGAAUUACCUAUUAACGUCGAGAGAGGCAUUGGAGAGUGGUACAAGCCAGAUAGAGACGUUAUUCCAGAACCUGCACCUUUUGAAGUGCUUGAGAAUUUUUUCAAGGGAAGAUUGGACCCCGAAUGGGAAAGCACGGUGAUUCCAAGUGGGAAGGGAGAAACGGAACAACAGAUCUACGAGAGAUGUCAAAAAUUCUUGCCUCUUUUCGUCGACAAGGUUGAGACUCUGUUUCCGAAUAUCGAAACGAUUUUACUGGUUACACACGCAGCUACGAAGAUCGCUUUGGGUGUGAACUUGCUUGGAUUGAAAAGCUGUCGCGAGCCUAUCGACGAUAAUGGUAGCAUUAUCAGGUCUGGAAGCUGCUCUCUAGAUAAAUACGAGCUUGCUACCGCUGCGGGUGCUAACGUAGAUUCCGAUGGAAUACCGUUUAGUAAACGGCAUUGGACGCUAACAAUGAACGGAAACACAGAGUUUCUAAGCAGGGGCGAAGAAAUGCACUGGGAUUUCCAGUAUGGUUUCGAAGCCGGUUCUGACGCGGACAUGAAAGCGAGGCGGGCGCUGGCAGAGGGUAAACAAGCAGAAGGGUCUCGAUCUCCCUCUGUUGCCGCUCCUGACUCGUCAGAAUUCGAGCAUGUUUUUGUCAGCGUCGACGUUCCUGGCGAGCGUGGCAAGCAGAAAAGCGAGAUUGACACUAGUGCCACCAUGCAGUUUUCUGGUCUUGAGACGAAUGAGCCUUUGUUCAGAAUUGGGGACAAAAUUUACCAAGGAAGCUGGGGGAAACUCGUAGGGACCGAACUUGCAUUGCCGAAUGCUGCAGAGAUCAAGAAAAGAGUACCACAAGAGGACGAUGAUUUAGAAAAUGACAGUGUGGCUUCUGCUGCCGCAGAAGAGGAAGAAGAUUUGGGACCAGAGCGGAUUUACAGGAUAAAAGAUAGGGUGGUUUUAGAAAAUUUGAAGCCUUUAUAA